AUGGGUAUCCCCAAGUUCUUCCGCUUCAUGUCGGAGCGUUACCCGCUCAUCAGUCAACUCAUCGAGGAGAACAAGAUUCCUGAGUUUGACAACCUUUACCUUGACAUGAACGGUAUCAUUCACAACUGCUCUCAUCCCAACGACAGCGACGCCUCCUUUCGUAUAACGGAGACGCAGAUAUUUUUAGCAGUAUUUGCAUAUAUAGAGCAUCUCUUCCACAAGAUCAAACCCAAGAAGGUUUUCUUCCUCGCCGUCGAUGGUGUCGCUCCGCGUGCCAAGAUGAACCAACAGCGUUCUCGACGUUUCCGUACCGCAAAGGAGGCCAAGGAGAUUAAGGAGAAGGCUGAACGUCGUGGCGAAGUUUUGCCCGAAGAAGAGGCCUUCGACUCCAACUGUAUCACUCCAGGUACUCCCUUCAUGGCCAAGCUCUCUCAACAGCUCGAAUACUUCAUCGCCAAGAAGAUCACCGAAGAUGCCGACUGGCGCAACGUGCAGGUCAUUCUUUCCGCACACGACGUCCCUGGUGAGGGUGAGCACAAGAUCAUGGAGUACAUUCGUCUCUGCAAGGCGCAGCCCGACUACAACCCCAACGUUCGUCACUGUCUUUACGGUCUCGACGCCGAUCUUAUCAUGCUGGGUCUGCUCAGUCACGACCCUCAUUUCUGUCUCUUGCGAGAAGAGGUCCAGUUCGGCCCUCGUCGCAAGUCCAAGGGUAGCCUCGAAUCGCAAAACUUCUUCCUGCUCCACCUUUCCCUCUUCCGAGAAUAUCUCGACCUCGAGUUCCAGGAUCUCCGCUCUUCCCUGCCUUUCACUUACGACUUUGAAAGGAUCAUUGACGAUUUCAUUCUACUCGACAUCUUUGUUGGAAACGAUUUCCUGCCUCACCUUCCUGGUCUUCACAUCAACGAAGGCGCCAUAGAUCUGCUCUUCAGUAUCUACAAGCAGAUCCUUCCUGUCGCCGGUGGCUAUCUCAAUGAGAGCGGCAACCUCCGAACUGACCGUCUCGAGCUUGUUUUGGCUGAGCUUUGCAAGUUCGAGAUGGAACAGUUCGAGCGCGACUACGGUGACACCGCCACUCACAAGGCCAAAAUUUCCAAAAACAAGAAGGCCAUCACUCAGGCCAAGGCAAAAGGUGGUCUCGUUCUGACCAAGUCGCAACGGGACCUAUUCAACAAGGUGCAUGCCUUCGUCAUGGCACGUCGACAUGACCCCGCCGGUGCUCCCGAAGAGCUCUUGGUCCCUGCUGACCUUCCCAACAAGGACAAGCGCUUCCUUGAGGACCUCGCCUCGAGCCUCAAGCUUCGCGCCUCCUUCAACAAGAUAGACCCUAUCUCGCAACAGCCCGCCAUUACGCUCUCUUUCCCCGCCAUCGCAGCUGAGGACGAUGACAGCGACGAUGGUCCUUCUGAUGAAGACGGCGACGACUCUGAAGAAGACUCCGACGAUGAAUCCCCCAGCCCUUCAGCUGAUGAAGGUGCUCGCAACAAAUCUAUUCCCGCACAGUCUGAGGCCAACGUUGCUGUUGACCGUGUGCUGAACCGCUACCUCAAGGCGAAGGUCGACAACGCCAGCGACGACGAAGCUGAUCCCGAGGAAGACUACAAGAAGCGACUCGAUGUUCAGAUGACCGCUUGGAAGAAGGACUACUACAAGGAGAAGCUCGAGAUCGACUACAGUGACGAUGAGGCCAUGGGCAAGCUUGCCUUUCGCUACAUCGAGGGUCUUCAGUGGGUGUUACAUUACUACUACGACGGUGUCGCUUCCUGGGGCUGGUUCUACGACUACCACUACGCUCCCAAGAUUUCCGAUCUCAAGAACGUCGGCGAGAUGAAGUUCGAGUUUGAACUCGGGAAGCCCUUCCGACCCUUCGAUCAGCUAAUGGGUGUGCUUCCGGCACUCAGUAACCAACACAUUCCUUUCGCAUUCCGCGACUUGAUGACCGAUCCCAACUCUCCCAUCAUCGACUUCUACCCUUCCAACUUCGAAGCCGACCUCAACGGCAAGAAGCAGGACUGGGAAGCCGUCGUCAAAAUUCCUUUCAUUGACGAGAAAAGGUUGCUCGACGCCCUAAACAAGCGUGAAAUAUAUCUCGGCAUUGAGGAGCGUAAGCGCAACGGCUUCGGUUCCAGUCGUGAGUUCACCUACAACGAAGUUGAGCAGAUCUUCUUCCCUUCGAGCCUGCCUGGUACCUUCCCGGAUCUCGUCCACUGCCGUGCCAACGUCAAGGAUUUCGAUCUGCCAACGCUCGAUGGCCUCCACCUCGUCAAGGGUCUCACUAAAGGUGUCGAGCUCGGCGUUCGCGCUCUAGCCGGUUUCCCCUCGCUCAAAACGCUUCCCCACUAUGGUCGCCUUGGUCAUCAUGGCGUCAAUGUCUUCCAGUCUGAAUCUAAGGGCGUCAGCAUGGUCGUCACAAUCGAGAAUGCUUACGAGGACGCCAAGACCGAGGCCAUCGCCGAGGCUAUGAUCGGUAACCGCGCGUUCCUCAACUGGCCCUUCCUCACUGAAGGCCUCGUUGUUGGUGUCUCGGACAACUUGUUCCGCUACGAGAUGGGCAUGGUCGGCGGUCAGAAGAAGGUGGUCGCCACCCCUCAUCAGGGCGCCAGCCUCAGUGACUUCCACCGAAAAGCCGAGCGUGCUGAAUAUCACUACAGCAAGCAUAUGGGUGUUCUCAUCGGCGACGUUGACGUCCUCGUCCACGUUCGACCACUCAAAGGUCUCAAGCGCCUCGACGAUGGCGCUUUCAUCAAGGACUACGAGGAGAGCCCGAAGAAGGAGAUCGACCAGGCCGUUCAAGUCACCGUAACCAACGUCAUUCACGACGAUGCUCGCCUCCUCGAGUCGCCUGCUAAGCCUAUCCGCGAAGAGUACCCCGACAAGACCAAGGUCUUCUUCCUCGGCGCCGGCGCUUACGGUACGCCCGCCCACGUUGUCGGCAGCACGGACGCCUCGCUCGCCAUUGAAAUGGUUUUCUUCCCCAAUCAGGUCAAGGAGAAUGCCUAUCUGCGUAACCUCGUCGUCUCGCGUGCUCGAGUCCAGUAUUAUCCCUCUUACCAGGUCGCCAAAUGGUGCGGCAUCACUUCUCUGGCGCUUGCCAAGCUCACCUCAAGCAUGACGCUCGCUUGGAAGGAUCAGAAGGUCAACGUUGGUCUCAGUCUCAAGUUUGAAGCCAAGGGCGAGAAGGUGCUCGGCUACUCGCGAAAGUCGGCCGCCGGAUGGGAGUUCUCCGAGAAGACACUCGAGCUUGUCAAGGAGUAUGUGAAGACCUUCCCUGAGAUUGCUUCCAUGCUCAGCCACAAGUCCGGCGUCGACAUCACACGCGCUUCGCAGAUCUGGGACGAGUCUCAGGUCGAUGCCAAGAUGGCUCAGCUUAAGGAUUGGAUCAAAGCCAAGGGCGUUCGCGAUCUUGAGACCGUGCCGCUGUACGCAGAGCAGCUCUCGAGGGACACUAUUCAAAAUAUCGAGGCCUUCACCUCUCGUCUCGUCGACACCCGCACUGCCAUCGGCGCUGCCAGUCAGGUCAAGCGUGUCUUCAUGAAGGGCAUUCCUCGCACUGCUCUGCUGAAGCCCAGCCACGCACCUUUCCGUCUUCAGGCUCAGCGAUUCGAGCUCGGUGACCGUGUCAUCAUGGUCCAGGAAAGCGGCAACGUUCCGCUCUCGGCCCGUGGUGUCGUUGUCGGGAUCACCAGCAACGCUCUCGAGGUCGUAUUCGAUGUGCUCUUCCUUAGUGGUACCACGUUGGGCGACCGUUGCGCUCCUUACAAGGGUGCCACUGUGUCAUUCGUCAGCGUGCUCAACUUGACGCAGCCGCAAUUCGUCUGUGCCGGUACAAGCGGUGUCGGCGACACCAGCGCUUCGGUCGGCAGCGCUCUUGAGAGGACCCUUGGCCCCAUUGGCGGCACAGGCUCUUGGCAGGGCAACGGCAACAGCAACGGUGCUCACGGAUACGGCGCUGGCUCUGGUGGCGCUCCUUACAGACCUCCCAACGCUUUCACACCGAGCGCUGCUGUUCAGAACGGCAAGGGUCCUGGCGGUAGCACGCAGAUCUUGCAGCGACCCCAGCAGAGAUACGCGCCUGUCUCGAAUGACGUGGCCUUCUCCGGCGUUGCUAGCGGUGCGCACAAGCCGACACGAGCGGCCGCCUCGUCACAGAAGCAGCUGGAGGAAAUCAAUCCCAUCAUGGCUGCUCUUGGCAUCCGUCCCCCCGCCGCCAACGGCCACGGUCAUGGUCACAAUGGGCCUGCUCGUGGAGCUGCUCGCGGAGGUGCUAGGCCCCAGUGGCCUCCUGUGGCUCACAACCAGCCUCACGCUCCGGCCGUGCCUGCUGCCCAAGCAGGUGGACACGCCCCACGUUGUCGUGGCGGCCGGGGCGGAGGUGCUCCUCGUGGUCGUGGUGCUCCUGCUCCUCGAGGUGGUCGUGGUGGCCGCGGCGGCGCAGCUGCUCAGUGA